AUGGUGCUGAGAAUGUGCUCAAAAUACUAUGAUGCUUAUGGCAUUGUGAAAUAUCUUGACAAUGAAACCAUGUCGAAAUUCGAAAGCAUUAUUCAAGGUAUGGCAGCUAGUAGUCUUCGUUGCAUCGCUUUCGCAUAUGCUGAAGUUGAUGUUCAAGAGCUAGGAGAUGAACGAGAAAACAGCGGGAUAGUGGUAAAAGACAAUGGUUUAACAUUGUUAGGACUUGUUGGUAUUAAGGAUCCGUGUCGUCCUGGGGUGAAGACUGCGGUGGAAGCUUGCCAUCAUGCUGGUGUGAAUGUCAAAAUGAUUACAGUGAUUGUGUCUGCCCAUACAGUAAACAUGUUUCUCAAAGGGAAGCAUGAGUACCACGGUCUAAAUCAAACAACAUUAAUUGGAUCAAAGUACAGUGCCCUCAACAACAAAACGGCAUAG